GGAACAAGGAAGUAAUAACUGUAGAAAUAACGGUUUUCCAUAUGUUUACUUUUGGUUUUAAAGUUUACCUUUGAUUGAGGUAACCAUGUUUGCAGGAAAUAGGAGGACCAAAGUUCUGACCCAGGCUGACUACGAAGCCAAUAUUCUGCGAUUAAGGCAAGAAAGAGAUUCACUAGCUCAUCGAUUGCACCAUACAGAUGCCUAUAUUGAACAAAUCCACUAUGACUUCAAAAAGUUACAGAAUGAGCUUAAGACACUGGAGAAACAAAAGCAUGAUCUCGAAAACACGCAUAAUAAAACCAUGAAGGACUUGGUGCAUAAUCAAAAAGAGGCAAUAAUAGUCACCUUAAAAGAAGAUGUAAAAAGACUACAAGCAGAACGGGAUGACAGGGACAAACAUAUCGCUGACCUUAAGGCUGACAAAGAUGAACUACAAUCAAAACUAGGUAAAGUUUCUGGUGAAAAGAUGCUCGAUAAGAAUCCCCAAAUAGCUGACCUGAGUGAUCCACGUCGGCCACAGAAACUGGUGGAAAUGAUUUCUAUCCUGUAUGAUAACAAAUGGACAGACGCGUUUGAGAAAUCGGAAGAUAAGGGGGAUGAAAAACAAAUUUGUAUUUACCUAUUGAAUAUAUUUAAGGAAUGUUGGAAUUACUGUAAAGAAACCUGUGAACAACAGACAAAAAUCUUAGAACAAAACUUACUACUUGCAUCAGAAAACAAGGAUGGUGUGUAUGCAUUGUCACCAGGAAGCUCGACGUUACUGACUGAAACACGAAAACGAUCAGCUAAAGAAAUGAUGCCUAAUUUGUACGAGAAAUUUAAAUCUGCGAAGAAAGAUAUAAAAGAAGAUUUGCACACCUAUGUCGAAAGUUGUUUGGAAGUUUGUUGGUAUAGUGCAAUAAAUGAACCGCCGAUGCAUUAUGGGUUUGAUGCAGAAGAACAGGCAGACGACUUCAGGAAAUAUACACAAGGCGGGAAUACAGUGGACUUCGUUGUUUGGCCAGCAAUGCAUUUGUUUAUAAAUGGACCUAUUUUAUACAAAGGAGUUGCACAGUAUAAAAACUGAAAUAGGAUGUGAACAAUGAUUAUGUUACAAAUCAGAAAUAAUAAUUUAUUAUUUAUUAUAGAAAAAAGGAAAGUGCAUAGUAUGCACAUUUCUUUUUA